UAAUAGUAUAUAUAAGCUCACCUCCAGGUAAGUUCAGAUGCAAUUUGAGCUUGAUUCUUUCAAAAAGCUAACGUGCUUUCAUUUCUCUCUCAAAAUCUUCAUUUAAUACACAGCUUAUCAUGUCUAGCUUCUUCUCUGCCAUCUUUUGCUGCUUUGCCCCGCCACGAGUUUCCGAAGAAGAUAAUCUGAAGAAGAUGAAACAAGUGUCGAAAGUGAAAUCACGUGGAGCUCCGAUUCCUGUAUCGUACUUCCCUGUUGGUUCUAACGUCUCGCGCUUGUGAUCCUGAUUUCGGUUCAACAGAAGGUCGAUUGCUAUAUAUAGUAUGUUUGUAUGAUUGUGUUCAAUUUUGAUCUCGGUGAAGUAUUGUAAUAGUUGGUAUGGAAAGGAAAAAGUUUUGCAUUGUAUUUGCCAUUUCAGGACUUUGAUUAUGGAAUGAAUCCGUAAAUGAGUCUAGCUAGAUUGCUCUAUGUUAAAAGAGGCCGCUCGAUGUGGCUCGUUUAUAUUAGUAAACUCAUAAAAAGCUCGAAUCAGCUCGUUUAUUUUAACAAAA